UUUAGAAAUUUAAAAAAAUUAGUCUAUUUCAAGGACAGUAGAUAAAGAGAUUAUUUUGAUAUUAAAGAAUUGAAAGACUGGAAAAUAAAGCCAAAAAGGGCCAUAAGUUUUAUUUAUAGCAAUUGUAAUUAAAAGGAAUGUAAUCGUUAUCUAACCUAUAAAAACAAAAGCAUUAUUGAUUGUUUCUUACUAAUUUACGAUCAAGAAAAUCGAUAGUGUUAAUUUAAUUAUAAAUUUGUGUUUAAACAAUUUGCAAAGGGAAAUAAUUUUUGUUUAUAUUUUUAAGAGAUAAUAAUUUAUUGUGUUUAUGUAUAUAAAAUUGAAAAUGGAAUUUCCAAAAUCCCUAGAGAUUUUUAGCUUUUGAGAAAAUGUCAUGCGCUAAAAAGAGAAGGGGAGAUAUACGUAUAUGCUUGUGAGCACAAGCAGCCGUGGCACUACAGUUCGUGUCGACGAGUGUAGAUAGUGAAGGCAAGUUUUUGCGAAAGUGAGGGUGGUAUAUCCCUAACGAACUUAAAACACGCCAGUCCAUGUGCUCCUUUGAUUAAGAUGCUCAUCAAAGAAUUCCGUGUUACCCUGCCCCUUACCGUUGAAGAGUAUCAAGUUGCUCAGUUAUAUUCUGUAGCAGAAGCUAGUAAAAAUAAUACAGGAGGAGGAGAAGGAAUUGAAGUCCUUAAAAAUGAACCAUUUAAGGAUUAUCCAUUAUUAGGGGGAAAAUAUUCAUCAGGUCAAUAUACUUACAAGAUUUAUCAUUUAGCGAGCAAAGUGCCUGGCUUUAUUCGACUUAUACUUCCAAAAAGUUCCUUAGAAAUUCAUGAGGAAGCAUGGAAUGCUUAUCCAUAUUGUAAAACUGUUAUUACAAAUCCUGGUUAUAUGAAAGAUAAUUUUGUCAUUAUGAUAGAAUCAUUCCAUAUUCCUGAUACUGGAAACCAACAGAAUGUACACGAACUACCUCCUGAUAAAUUGAAACUUAGAGAAAUAGUGCAUAUAGAUAUAGCGAAUGAUAGUAUUGCUAGUGCAGAUUAUAAGGAAGAUGAAGAUCCGACGAAAUUUAAAUCAAUAAAAACAGGACGAGGUCCACUUAAUACUAAGGAAUGGAAAAAUAAUGUGACACCAGUUAUGACGUGUUAUAAACUUGUCACAUGUGAAUUUAAAUGGUUUGGCUUUCAGACACGUGUUGAAAAUUUUAUUCAAAAAUCAGAAAGGCGUUUAUUUACCAAUUUCCAUAGGCAGGUAUUUUGUUGGAUAGAUCGCUGGUACGGUCUUACAAUGGAGGAUAUUAGAUCAAUUGAAGAUAAAACUAAAGAGGAAUUAGACAGGCAACGACAUCAAGGAGAAGUUCGAGGUAUGCGUGCCGACGAUUGAGGCUUUUGAUAGGUCCUGCUUAAUAAGUUUAAACUAAUUUCGUUCUAAAAAGAAAAACACAAAUAAAAAAGAUACACUUCGUACAUAAAAAAAAAAAAAAAUUCAAUUGCCAUUUCUAAUCCAGUCUGAUUGGAAAUUUUUUCAGAUUAUAUCUGUCUAGAUUCAGUAUCUGCUGUAUUACUUACAAUUUUUAAUUUAUUUACCUUGUCAAACGUUUUAGAUAAAUGUACGUACAGUCAAAUAGUAACGUUAACUACAUUAUUAACUUAAAAAAAAAAAAAAAUGAGGCGUCGAAUAGCUUUAGCUCUAAUGACGAUAAAGCUAAAAAAAAAGUCUCGACAGAAAAUUCAGUAUAGAUAUUUGAUUAUUAAUAAUUUAUUGAUAGUCUAGUAGUUGAAUGAUAAUAAUAAUAAUAAUAUAUCUAUUAACGUUUGUUAACAUGAAACAUGCUCGCUGCAAGACGCAUAAGUGAUUAAAAUGAAUGAAUGUUUUCAAAUGGCAAAUUCAGAAAAAGAAAAAGAAGAAUUUAAAAAAAAAAUAGUUGUGAUUUAAAAGAAAAGCUACUGUUUCAAUUCUGAAAGUGUUAAGGUAAAAUAAUAAUAAUAAUUGUAGGUUAUAAAAUUAAUGAAAAACCAAGCAGUCAAUGAUGCACUUAUUUUUAUCUCAACGUUUUAGGAGAAAUAAGAAGGAAAAAAAAUUAAUAUUAUCUGCUUGAAGAUAAAAAUACACACCGUUUGUGCAAUUGUGUUUCAAACGUUAGGGAUUUAAUUAUUAAUCAAUUGUAAGAAACAGUGCCCUUGUGAUUAUUGUGUUACUAGGAGACUUAUAACAGUUUUUAAGUGCAGCCUCAUUUUAUUAUUUUUUAUUUAUUUCGCCAAAAAAUAUACAUCUUGUCCAAUAAUAAAGAUAUAGAUUUUCAAUGGUCUUAUCAAGUUACCUAAAUAGUGUUUUCAAAUGACAAAAUAAAAAAUGUCAGAUAUUUUCAA